CUGGAGCAAAGCAGCAGCAGCAGCGUAUCAUCAGGACCACAAGUCUGAGUGGGAUGGAGACACAGAGAGAGAGAUUUAAAUGGAGAAGCAGCGGUGUCACCAAGAUAAAUUGGACCUCCCUAUGAUUUUGAAGUGCUUUGCAUUGAAACGCAAACAGCACCACUUCUCACUAAAGUAAUCCAUAUCUGACAAUUUAAUGUCAAAGUGCCCGCUGGAGCAGCUUCAUGCUGCGUCGCUGGGUGGAGCAUGGCUGACAGAGAGAAAGCCUUAUAAGAUCCUGCUCAUCACACGACACCUACAUGCAGCAUAAUGCCUUCAAAAGUCUCAUGUUUGUACUUGUUGACAGUGGUGUGCUGGGCGAGUGCUCUGUGGUACUUGAGCAUAUCGCGCCCAAACCCCACCCACAUCUCAAUGCCCGUGCGUAAGACUGUGAAGCCCCCGAAAAACCUCACCUUCACCAACAUCCGCACUCGCUCCCUCAACCCGCACGCCUUCGAGUUCGUCAUCAGCGAGCCGAGGAAGUGCGAGAGCGUCACGCCCUUCCUCGUCAUCCUCAUCAGCACCACGCACAAGGAGUUCGACGCGCGGCAGGCCAUCAGGGAGACGUGGGGGGACGAGAGCACCUUCGCCGACAUCCGCAUCCUCACCGUCUUCCUGCUGGGCAAGAACACCGACCCCAUCCUCAACCAGAUGGUGGAGCAGGAGAGCCAGAUCUUUCACGACAUUGUGGUGGAGAACUUCAUCGACUCUUACCACAACCUCACCUUGAAGACCAUGAUGGGGAUGCGCUGGAUCGCCACUUUCUGCCCCAAGGCGCAGUACGUCAUGAAAACAGACAGCGACAUCUUCGUCAACAUGGACAACCUCAUCUUCAAGCUCCUGAAGCCGACCACCAAGCCCAAAAGGAGAUAUUUCACUGGCUAUGUUAUAAACGGGGGCCCCAUCAGGGACAUGCGCAGUAAAUGGUACAUGUCCAGGGACUUGUAUCCUGACAGCAGGUACCCGCCUUUCUGCUCGGGCACCGGCUACGUCUUCUCAGCAGAUGUGGCUGAGCUCAUCUAUAAGACUUCUUUACACACGAGACUGUUGCACCUGGAGGACGUGUACGUGGGGCUCUGUUUACGAAAGCUGGGUAUACACCCGUAUCAGAACAGCGGGUUCAAUCACUGGAAGAUGGCGUACAGUCUGUGCAGGUACAGGCGAGUCAUCACUGUGCACCAGAUCUCCCCGGAGGAGAUGCACCGCAUUUGGAACGACAUGUCAAGUAAGAAGCACCUGAGAUGUUAAGAGGACACGAGGACCUCUGAACAAAAAAAACUUUUAAACUCUUUUAUUUUUGCCUUUUCUCUACUUUCACAUGUGACCACACUUAGUAAUGUAAAACAUUGAGGGCUGCUGCAAGUCUCUAUUUCACAUUGUCUGUAUAAACAGAUGGACUACAUGUUUCAAACUCCUCUCAUUGUACAAAAUGAAGCCAAAAUUCAGUGCCAUAUUGUGCUGAUGAUGUUUUUUUUGGAGUUUGAGUCCGUGCAGUAAAGGUCGCUGCAGAUUUCACGACCCCCCCACUACCCAAAACAUGUUAAAUGUUACUUAGUGAUAGAGAUCAUUUAGGUCUUGAUAGUCUAGGGUGAAUCAUGACCCUACAUCCACUUUUUAUAGCAUCAUACAACAAAUUAAAACUAAAACUCAGAAAAAUUACACUUGUACAUCAAUGACAGAAAACAUGUUUGAGAAACUCUAAUUAGACGUGCAUUUUGUUUUGAUAGUUUGGCUCAUGACCCGUCUGUUAACAUUGAGGAGGCGGGACUUAUGACCUUUACUGCUGCCAGUCACCAGGGUGUGAGGUGUUUUUGGCUUCACUUUGAAGGAGCUGUCAUGCCGUCUAUCUUUUUAUACAGACUCUGCUAUCUCAUGACAGCUUUUUUCAUUGACUUCCAUGUAUGCCUAUCUCUGCUGAUUUACACCUCACGAUUGUUAAAGCCUGCAUGAGGCUUGUAAAGAGUUUAUUCUCGUGCAUAAUUCCCAAUGUGGUGUUGUUACUGAAAGUCACUUUUCUUCACGUACUCAAAUUCAAACUGAACAUUCUUUAAAAAGCAUCAAGUCCAUCAGUGUGAAACGUUAUGAUGUGUUGCCUAACAUGGAUUGACUGACCUUGGUUCAAGCCUGUACCCUGGAAACCUUCUGUCCUGUUAAAGUGUCCUUGAGGACUGCUGACUCAGCACCCUGAUCUUUCUGCAGGAGUGCAAGCCUAAAGGGAAUUUCUGCUGGACUCGAUAAGGUAUUAAAUCACUGUAAUACCUUUAAAUGGGUUUACAUUUAAAACGUGUAAAAACAAAUCCAAGAAGUGUUAGAACAAAGAUAACAUACAACAACAACAACAGACUUUGUGUGUAAAGAUAAAAUUCAAUCUAUGCUAAAGCUGCUAUUCCCUUAUUAUAUUCAUAACAAACAGCCAGAUGUAAAGCUGGAGAUGAGCUGCACGUCUCUAGAAUUAUAAUAAUAAUAAUCUUUAUUUAAAGAGCACUUCUCAAAAACAAGUUACAAAGUGCUUU